AUGAAGCUCGUCGGAAAAAGCCUCGCCCGCGACGGGCCCGGCUCCGUGAAGCUAUUGCCGGAGGUGGAUGACGACCUGUGGGACGCCUACAACCUCAUCGCCGCCGGCGACGCCGUCGAGGCCGUCACGGUCCGGAAGAUCACGAGGUCCGGAGGCCGCGACGCGGAGCGCAUCAAGCUGACGCUGGAGGUCGCGGUGGAGUCCACGGACUACGACAAGGACGGCUCCGUCCUGCGCGUCCGCGGCAAGAACCUCACCAAGAACGAGCACGUCCAGAUCGGCCAGUACCAUACCUUGGAGAUCGAGCUGCGGAGGCCCUUCGUCCUCCGCAAGGAGGCCUGGGACUGGCCGGCGCUCGACACCAUCCGCAAAUCCUGCGACGAGACCGCCGCCAACGCCGACCUCGCCGUGCUCCUCAUGCAGGAAGGCCUCGCCCACCUCUUCCUCGUCGGGAGGAGCGUCACGGCCACCAGAGCGCGCGUGGAGGUGCCCAUCCCCAGGAAGCACGGCUCCAGCUCCGGCGCCGUCGCCGCCUACGACACCGCCCUCAAGGACUUCUUCCAGCGCGUCCUGGCCGCCUUCGUGCACCACGUCGACUUCGACCUCGUCCAGUGCGUGGUGAUCGCCAGCCCCGGCUUCACCAAGGACCAGUUCCGCGACCACAUGCUCCUCGAGGCCGCGCGGCGAGGGGAGCUGCGCGCGAUCACCGAGCACAAGGCCCGCAUCGUGCUCGCGCCCGCGCCCUCGGGCUACCCGCACAGCCUCAAGGACGUCCUCGCCGCCCCGAGCGUCAUGUCGCUGAUCAAGGACACGAGGGCCGCGCUGGAGGUGCCGGCGCUGCAGGAGUUCUAUGCCAUGAUCGCCAAGGACUCGGCGAGGGCUUGCUACGGGCCCAAGCACGUCGAGGUUGCGCAUGAACGUCUCGCCAUCCAGACACUCCUGCUCACGGACACUUGGUUCCGCAACCCUGACGUUGUUGCUAGGCGCAAGUGCGUCGAUUCGGCCGAAUCGGUGAAGAAGAUCGGUGGCAAGGUGUGCGUCUUUUCGUCCAUGCAUGUCUCCGGCGAUCAGCUCGAGCAGCUCACGGGGAUAGCAGCGGUUCUUCAUUUUCCCAUGCCUGAUCUCGACGACAUCGAGAUGUGA